UUGCUGGUGCCUGCUAUUGACGGCAAGGCAGCUGUGAAAGGGAUCCUAAGUAUGUCAUCGCAAGAGUCAGGAAGUGGCAAGGCGGACGCUCCAAAGGAGGGGGGAUUCAGGACCCCAGGACUGCGAGGGGCGCAGACCACUACGCUUUUCCGCGCAAUCAACCCUGAACUCUUCAUCAAACCUAACAAGCCUGUGAUGGCCUUUGGACUCGUCACGAUCUCACUGUGUGUGGCGUACCUCGGUUACCUUCAUGCCAUCAAGGAGAACGAUCAACAGUUGUACGAAGCCGUCGACAGCGAGGGGGAGAGAUACAUGAGGAGAAAAACCUCUAAAUGGGACUGAAGCUGUCAGACGAAAUGUUGGUCAUGCGAUCAAACUCAGAUUGACUCUGUUUUCCUGUCCAGUGAAUUUCCACUGGUUGCUUUCAUACUCCUGAUAAGGACAAGUGGCCAACACUUGGACACUUGGUAAAAUUAAAACAAAGUCUAAUGACUUCAAGCACUGAGAAUUAAAACUGCAAGUUAAAAUGAAAAGGAGAAAAAAAAGUCAGUCUCUGCACAACAGUUCUGAUGCAGCUUUUUGAUUUACAUUCUGAAAAACGAAAUCUAAUGUCUCGCUGGCAUUUUUUUUUUGUGCUUGGCACUUUUACAAAAUGUACCCAAAAUGUAAGGGUUCUGUUGGGAGCCCUUAGAUGGAAUC